AGUUUUCAAAUUCUUAACGGAAUGCGCGGUGAUUGGCGAAGAAGACAAAGUUGUGUUAUUCAUUGUAACCUUUGAUGAUAUGAUUUUAUGUGUUAUGUAAUAAGUGAUUUAAAGCCUCAUUAUGGAUGUGAGCCAUUUAAAAAUCGGAAUCAACGUUGACAUUCAACGUACAGAUGGUCGUAUCCACUCUGCAGUUAUCAGCGGGACAAAUAAUGAAGCCAAGAGUGUCACAGUUGAGUGGUUUGAACGAGGCGAGACCAAAGGCAAAGAGAUUGAGGCAGACGCAAUAUUUUCUCUCAAUCCUCACUUGAUGGAGAAGGCUGCCGGAAGUAGAGAUACUCACUCCUCCCAGAAUCAUGAUGAUGAUGAUGAAGAAUAUACCAAUGGCAGUGUUAGUCCAUCGGAACAGGUGCUGCCCCCUGCUGGCAGGGGACGUGGAAAAAAGGUCAAAGCAUAGCCAUAUCCCUGUUCCAUAAUAAUCACGUUUUCUUUGUUGUAGAGCAAAAUAUUCUAAUAUUACCUUACAGUGUAUAAUACUUGUACAUAUAUUGGGUUGAAGUGCAUGGUUAUAUGACAUUGUUAAGGAUUGUGGUGAUAAGUCGAUCAAAGUCAGUUACUAUUAAAACAGAUUUGGUUAGCUGUAAAGUAGAUGAUGAAAGGUGUGCAAGAUCGAAAAUUUCAGUGUUAAUUAGUCGAAAGCAUCAGAUACAGUAUUUCUUUGAGAUUUGGCUUGUAACUCUAGCAAUGAAAUUUGCUUUCAUGCAGAGAAGUAAAUUUAAUGAAAUUCUUCUUGAAAUGUUUCGCGUAUGCAUUUUUCAAUAAAGUUCUUUCUAGAUGAAAACUUUUGCAAGGGUAGAACUAGACAAGCAUGACCAAUGAAUGGGCUCAUUUUACAUGGCAUAGUCUGUCAUUAGUACACCUAUAUAUGCCUAAAAUAAGACACAAAAGGAGAUCUAACAUAUUUCAUGUUGAAGACUUUGUGUUGUCUUUGAAAAAUUGGACAGAGUACUUUUUCUUCAAAACUUGAAUUGUUUAAAGGGAGAAAUGACACUUUCAGUUAAAUUUGUUGUUUAUAAGUAAAAUUGUAUUGUCCAAACUAUACAUGUAUUUAAAUGUUCUUUGAUUGACUGAUGAAACAGAAUUUGAAGAGAUUGUUAUGAAAAC